UGCGCGUGGCGAUCGCGCUGCAUGCCGGGAGCUAGGUAGGGAGGGACUUAGGUUUGCAACACUUUGACGUAGACACCCGAUCGGUGUGCUCCGUAUACGGAGGGGUCUAUUCAUGAAGCAGUGAAAAGCGUGGAGAAGUGAACCAGUGGAGAAGUUGCCCAUGGCAACCAAUCAGUGUUGAGGUAAGAUUUAUAUGGUGCAUUAUAUCAAUUGUAUGUAGCAGCUGAUUGGCUGCAACUUCUCCACUGGCUCACUUCUCCACACUUUUCACUGCUUCAUGAUUCAACCCCUCAGUCACACUGUCCUUGAUUGUAUUUCAAGAUGCUGAUUUGAAACCCAUUGCCUAUGCCUGCGCCUUAUGUCUAUUGGAAAAAUGGGGGCAGGGCACCAAUGCUCUCUCUGGCACAGGGCACCAAUAAGUCUAGUUACAGCUCUGGAUUCAAAAUUGGGAUAAAUAAGAAGUAUUUGAGAUUUCUAUCUGAUCAAGCCAAUUAAAGACGUAGUUUCUUCAUAAACCUCUGGAGGAUUCACAGAAACGAUUCUCAUUUUCUGGAUCGAAGAAAUGUUCGUCUAAUUUUGUUUCUCAUCUAAUACAUGAUGAGUCUCACAGGAGAGAAACGUCAUCUGUGCUCUGAGUGUGACAAACGCUUUGCAUAUAAAUCACAGCUACUCGUACAUCAGAGGAGGCACACAGGAGAGAGACCAUUUACAUGUUCUGAAUGCUGCAAGUGUUUUUCAUACGAGUCGGGUCUUUAUGCACAUCAGAAGAUUCACACAGGACAGAAACCGCAUCUGUGCUCUGAGUGUGACAAAAGCUUUAGAGAGAAAUCACAACUUCUCGUACAUCAGAGGAGUCACACAGGAGUGAAACCAUUUACAUGUUCUGAAUGCAGCAAGUGUUUCACUUCCAAAACACAUCUUGUUAGACAUAUGAGGAGUCACACAGGAGAAAAACCAUUUAAAUGCACUGAGUGCAGUAAGUGUUUUUCCCAUUGGACACAACUUGUUAUACAUCUGAGGAUUCAUACAGGAGAGAAACCAUUUAAAUGCUCUGAAUGCAGCAAGUGUUUUUCCACAAAGCAAAAUCUUCUUAGACAUCUGAGGAGUCACACAGGAGAGAAACCAUUUAAAUGCUCUGAGUGCAGCAAAUGCUAUUCAGGUAGCUCACAUCUUGUUAGACAUCAGAGGAUUCACACUGGAGAAAAAACAUUUAAAUGUUCUGAAUGCAGCAAGUGUUUUUUUCAUAAGUCAGAUCUUGUUACACAUCAUAGGUUUCACACUGGAGAAAAACCAUUUAAGUGCUCUGAAUGCAGCAAGUGUUUUAAAUCCAAGUGUGGGCUUCAUAGUCAUAUAAGGAUUCACACAGGAGAGAAACCAUUAAAAUGUUCUGAAUGCAGCAAAUGUUUUUCCCAGAAGUCACAUCUUGUUACACAUCAGAGGAUUCACACAGGAGAGAAACCAUUAAAAUGUUCUGAAUGCAGCCAGUGUUUUUCCCAAAGGCAUCAUCUUGUUUCACAUCAGAGGAGUCACACAGGAGAGAAACCAUUUAAUUGCUCCUGAAUGCAGCAAGUGUUUUUCUGAUCAUUAAAUUUUUGAAAAACAUAAGAAGAAU